AUGUGCCCGGCACCAACAUCAGAUGCGCAAUCAUCGCAAACCGAUGCGACGACAAGCCAAUUACCCUCCUUCUACUCUCCCAAGAGAAAGAGCGAACAAGAUCAUACGUCUCGAGACAAUGGCGACGUCGAAUCCGUAGUAGACCUCUCCACCUCCGCCUCCCUUUCCACUACCUCGGCACAACCGACCACAACUCCCGCCAUCGCUCUCGACAUCAGCGACAACCUCUCGACAAACUCCUCACCGCGCGGCAUCCCCGUCGACAGCUCCAUUCCCACAGGAGGAUGCGGCAGCAAGAAGCCCAAACUCCUCGAGUCCCUGCCGCACGUCGAGUGCAUAGUGCGGGCGCGCAUCCCCACCACCAACGGCGCCGAGAUGUUCCUGCACCUGUACACCAACGACGUGGACAACAAGGAGCACCUGGCCAUUGUGUUCGGGAACAACAUCCGGAGCGAAAGUCUGGACAGGGUGCGGGAGGGCGAGACGGAGAUGGACAGGCUGGUCCGAGGCGCUUACACAGGGAGACUGUACCCCGGUAGGACGACGAGUCGGGAACCUUCUGGUGCUGCUGGGACUCAGACAAAGGAGGCAGAGGAGGAGGCAGAAGCAUUGGAGAAAAAGCAGACGCCGCUGGUCAGGAUACACUCCGAGUGCUACACGGGCGAAACCGUCUGGUCUGCGCGCUGCGACUGCGGCGAACAGCUCGACGAGGCCGCGCGCCUGAUGUCGUUGCCUUCCAACACCGCUGGCGGUAUCAUCAUCUACCUGCGCCAAGAAGGCCGAGGUAUCGGUUUGGGCGAGAAGUUGAAGGCCUACAACUUGCAGGAUCUGGGGUCGGAUACCGUCGAGGCUAAUCUGCUGUUGCGCCACCCCGCUGAUGCAAGAAGCUAUGGUCUGGCGACUGCCAUGUUGAGGGAUCUGGGGCAGAAGGAGAUCAGACUGUUGACAAAUAACCCGGAUAAGAUCAGGGCGGUGGAGGGCCCGAACAGAGAAAUUGUGGUGACGGAACGGGUGGCUAUGGUGCCGUUGAGUUGGAAGGGCAAGGGAGGGUUUAGGGCGCCCGAGGUGGAGGGGUAUUUGAAGACCAAGAUUGAAAAGAUGGGACACAUGUUGGACAUGGGAGCGCUCCCUCAGUGA